AUGAAGUUCACAGGCAGGCUUGGUAGGGGACAUGGUAUCGGCGGGCGGGCGUCCACGAGUCCCAUUAAACGAGCCGAUGCAAAACGAAAAAUUAAGAUCAAGCCUUCUCAGUGGCGGCUCGCAGCUGGCCUAGACCCACAAUUGGCCCAUCUGUUGGGGUACCCUGGUACUGAAGCAAACAAUGAAGACGCCUUCAGAAGCUCCCUCCCAAUUCACGCACCUGGACCUUCUGGUGCCCAUGGAGCGGCCACCUACUCCGCCGUCGGCGUGGAGGCAUCUGCGGCCCAAUGUCCUGAUUCAGAGAUGCAGUUUACCAGCCAAGAUUCAUUCGACGACGGCCCCGAUCUCCCAUAUCACCCUUCCCGCGAGCCUUACUCCCCAUUCUUGGCCUACACACGCUCCGAAAAGAAUACAUCGAAUUGGCAAGCUUUGCUCCCUGCCUUAGAAGGCCCAUACAUCGAAUUCUGUCGUCUCUACUAUGGAAAACCACGGCACAACAUUUCAUCGACCAUUAUACACACCUGCGCCCUGUGUGCAGUCAACAGUAGCACCCUGCCACAUACGGAUGAUCCAUUUCGUUCCAGUCUCACACAAGCUAUUCAAUGGUCGUCGCUGCUUCGUCUCAAACUGAAGGGCAGACUGGAUACAUUCCUGCAAGAGACAGAGAAUGUGCUCGCGUCAAAACUUGACGGCUCAACCUCAUUCCCAAAGGCUGCAGAUGGCUCCGAGCUGCCAUCCGCAACACCUGAUGCAUUGAGUGCGGAUGCAUCCGCGCCGUCACCCUUCAAUGCAGAUUCCUCCGCAAGCGAUCACGUCGCGUUUUCGAUCCCGAAUCAGCCUCCUUAG